AUGAAUGAUAUAUCGGCAAAGGUGGAAGACCUCUAUAUGGGUGUUCAGUCGGCUAGGACUUCGAUGUCUGACAUCCUGACCACCCUGACAGAUGUCUCGGCCAAUAUGGCAUUGACCCGAAAAGGUGUCUCAUCUCUGCAAGAAAUCGGCUCCCAGAUCAAGACACUUUUGCCCACCUUCCCCCGCGAACUCCGUGGCUAUCUCAGGACAGUUUUGCGUUAUAACAUGCAUAUGUACUUCACCCUGCUGGACAUUCAGAAAAACAUUGCCACGGCUCCGACACAACAGCUUCAGUCAAACUUCAAGUUCGAAGACGCCUUAGGUGUGACCCGAGAACUUCCCUAUGAAUGGUUUCGACACUGGGAGCCUUUCGAAGGACUGCUUCGUUCGCAAUUUCAGAACACUCCUGGCGAGGACAAGGUGCUCGAAGGGAAGUACCUGAUCGUUCAUGCCAAUCGGCCUACGGUGGCCAUCAACAAGGGGAAUUGGGGCAAUUGCAUUACCCCAGGCGCAGAGAUUCUUAUGCUCAUCGUCAUGGAGUCCAUCUCAUGGCAUGUUACUUCAUGCCCUCGACCCACUUGCGACGGCAGACCGACCUUGGACUUUUCAGGCGGCGUUAUGGCUUGCUGCCCCAAAUGUGGAUUGAAAUAUCUGCCGCAGAAACUACUCAGCGGACCGGGUCAAGAUCAAAACAUCUCUGACGCCAUACAAGUGCUAGAGAGCCAGAUUGUAGAAGAUGCCGAAGUGUUCGGCCAUCGUCCCCUACCUGGUAAUCUGGUGGGAGAAGAUCUGUUAGGCGUCAACGCUGUCGAACCUAGCCAGCAAGACAUGAACGCUCCAGAUAUGGACAGAGGGGCAACAGAGCCGAGCAAUAUUCCUUUCCUCGCCGUGAAAGCUUCUCCCUCUAAUGGUUCGGAUCAUGCCUCACAUUUUCCAGUGGCCGAGGACACCGGACAGGCCUCUGACAACACGUCUCCGCUUCAUUUCGGGCCCAUCGGUGGUCGUGAUCACGAUGAAGAACCUGCGACAGGAGCUGCUCCGAUUAUGAGAUGGCUGCAGGACACCAGCCCUCCAGAGCAGUCUACUUCUCUUCUGGAGAGGCAAAGAGAGAAGGACCAAGCACAGCAACGCGCACUUGAGCAGGAGGCCAACAACUUGGAAGCGAUUCGCAAUGUUUUCAUCAGCAAUGCCCCGUGCCCGCCACCAGAUCACGAGCUAGCCAGCGAGGGGAUGCCGUUUGGAGCCCGUAUCUAUUACCGAAACAUCAUAGACCGGUACCCGGAUGUCCCCAAGUAUCUGGCCCGGCGCCUGGCGGAAGCCAACUGGAACCGAGCCAACCGACUGGCGAAAGUCAAGUUUCCCAACUUGGCCAACUUUGAGGAGUAUUGGCGUGAGGAUGACACUUGGGCUGACGAGAGUUCCGCGUCGACCUGGGGUGAAAUCAACAUCCUCCAGUCACCUGCCGACUGCGACCCUUCGGAACGAGAAAUGCAUCGAUUGGAGGCCAAACUAGCUCAAACCAUCAACGAAGAAGGUCCAUAUGAAAGGCAUCAACACCAGUGCACUGACUGCUUCACCACUUUCCCGGCUAUUCGGCUGCUACGUCUCCAUCAGGUAUUGAAGCAUUCUAGUCCAGGAAAACACACCUGCCUAGAAUGUCCUUCAUCCUUUGAGGAUGAGAGAUUGUACUACUACCAUUGGCACUUGGAGCAUUCUGACAUCGCAAACACCUGCCCCAUAUGCCCUGCUAAGGCCCAGGAUCGCCAUUCGCUGGAAGAACACAUCCAGAAAGAACAUGAAAACUCCAUUUGUGCAGCAUUCUUCCAGAAGGAAGAUCCUGAGGCCGCUGAGAGUGCCGCCGGACGGACAGACGAUGGGGCCCCACUCUCACCGAAGUCGGCGGUGCAGACUGCUGACGGUAUUCCUCCCAUGCAAAGCGAGCAUCCGAAAUCCUCGGAUCUGAUACAAAAGUCGGAGUCUGCACUUGCAAAACUAUUUGGAUGGAAUCUCGAUGUGCUGCUCAAAGGUCUCGAGAAGAGACCAGCAACGGAAGAACCUCCGUCUCAGAAGGCCCCUUCCGGAUGGGAGGAAGCCCAUUAUCCGUACAUAGCAGACGCUAUGAGAAGUCGUGUUCACAACGAGACCGCCCCUGACUAUUGGACUGGAUCACGUCGGCGGCACAGCCGUUCGGCCUCGCUGUAUUCGAGCAGGAACAGUUCAUUACACGGGAGCGACCAAUUCGAUGCGAGGGAGCAAUCCAUGAUUAUUUAUAAUCCGGUGUCAGACUCUGACGGAGGAGAAUUCGACUUCCAGCUUCCGUCACCCCCUGUGCCGUUGGGGGCCAUCACUCGAUUUAUAUGCGAUAUCUGUGGCAAGGAGCUUGAAAUCAGACGCAAGCGCGACUGGAGGUCAGUACCAACGGGAUAUGCUCUGCAGUUUGAACUAUUGUUUUGUUAA